AGCAGCGACCAAUCACCAUGCCAUUACAGGCUUCAGAGGAAGCUGUUUAUGUGACUCCAGCGCUAAUUAGGCUCAUGAACUAACAAAUCGCUUGCACAACUGGCGAGGAACCGAUCACAUCCAUGGAUUGUCUGGAGCAGUCGGCUAUCUUUAUGGCGAUUUGUUGAUACUUUCGGCUUCUAUUCUUUCUACAAUCCGUUUCAGAGUUAUUUAUUGCUGACAAACUUUCGUCUUUCUUCGGUGUGGAGUAUUUUCUAGCGAAAACGCCUGCACCUCUUCAACUUAAACUGGGGAAUUUUGACUACCAAACCAUGUUUCAACCUACACCGAAGAGGUGUUUCACUAUUGAAUCGUUGGUAGCGAAGGAUAAUCCUCUACCGGCGUCGAGGUCCGAGGAACCCAUUCGACCAGCGGCUCUCAGCUAUGCAAACUCGGGCCAGAUGAAUCCAUUUCUUAACGGCUUUCAUUCCAGCGGCAGGGGCGUCUAUUCAAAUCCGGACUUGGUGUUCGCUGAGGCGGUUUCACAUCCUACAAACUCCGCUGUCCCAGUGCAUUCAGUACCCCCACCACAUGCUUUGGCUGCUCACCCUCUUUCAUCCUCACAUAGUCCGCACCCUCUUUUUGCCAGCCAGCAAAGGGACCCCUCAACCUUUUACCCAUGGCUAAUACAUAGAUAUAGGUACUUGGGACACAGAUUUCAAGGAAACGAAACCAGCCCGGAGAGCUUCCUAUUGCACAAUGCACUGGCCAGAAAACCCAAAAGAAUUCGGACAGCUUUUUCACCCUCGCAACUUCUGCGGCUUGAGCACGCUUUUGAAAAAAACCAUUACGUCGUAGGAGCCGAAAGAAAACAGCUUGCACACAGCCUUAGCCUCACAGAAACUCAGGUAAAAGUGUGGUUUCAGAACCGAAGAACCAAGUUCAAACGCCAAAAGUUGGAAGAGGAGGGUUCGGAGUCACAGCAAAAGAAGAAGGGAACCCAUCACAUAAACCGAUGGAGACUCGCAACUAAACAAGGAAGUCCAGAGGAAAUCGACGUCACGUCAGACGAUUGAAAGACUAAAUUGUUUGAACAUGGGACAUCAGCGUGUCGUGAAGGAUGACAUGGAUAACGAUGUUUAAAGACAGAGAGAGGGUAAAGCCAAUGUCACAUUUCGAUUCUACGGAGAUCGGCAGCUGAGGGUGAGAUAGAUCCUAUUGGUGGCACUGCUGUCACUACUAUGGUUCUGUCAAUCCGUAUCAAAUUGCCUUGGCAAAAGUGAUUGACAGUGUCGCAGUCCACCUGACCCCUUCCACGCACCAACCCACCACUACAAUUUCACACGUAUCACCCAAAAAUGUAUCUCCAAUUCACAUUGGACAUUUGCACUUCUGAAAGUUAAAAGUUUCCACUCAAGAUACCAAAAUACAAAACUGUUUUUGUAAAACUUGAAAUGCAUGGUAGAAUUUCUGGUAGUUGUUUUAAUUUGACACAUUACUAAAAAAUAACUUGUUUUUACUCUAUUUUCAAUCUCAGAGAUGUUGUGCUUCUUCCUUUUUACAAAGUGUGCAGUCUUUUAAUUAAUAAUUCUCGUGUUAAAGUGAUUGUGAAAACAGUAUGAAGUAGCGGUGCUGCGUUAUAGUGUUUUUAAAGAAAAGAAUAAUUAAAAUUAAUUUCAAAACUUUAUAAAAGUUUAUCAUACCACAGAUAAAGUACUUUAAAGGAAGGUAUCAGGACAUUCCUUUAAUCUAAAGCUUUACCAAGUAUCCGUUAUUCUGGCCCUAGCAUUGUCAGGUCUUGACCCUCCCAUGAGAGUUGCCACGAAGGACUAUUACAGAAUUGACAGCCGUAGAGGCGAGAAAUCUUCAAGCACUGAGCGUAUUCCAUGUACAGAGAUACUAAAAGUUAAUGUUUCUGUUAAACCCUCUUUUACCAGAAUGUAAAUACUUUUGUGUUUGUGUUAAGUUUGCUACAAUUUUAACACAAAGUAUACUUCCAAGAAGUAUGUAAUUGUCAAUAUUUUGUCAAUAAAGUUUUAUCAAUAUGAUACAUGAGCAU